GCUCAUCCGAGCAGUCGACAUAAGCAACGUUCUCAUAGAGUCACGACUCAUUAUUCGCAGUCACGACACACGACUCACAUUUCAUGACAUACCAGCUUAGAAGCUGUUGACCACCAAUAACGGAAACCCCCAAUCUUGAGUUCCAUACCCAAGAUCCACUCCAGAAACAACUUGGAGCCAUGAGUACUCAGGCAGAAGUUAUCCGGUCAUGCGGCAACAUGGAAAAGUACUCAACAGCCAGGCACUCCCUCGGCCUCUACCGAUGCGUCGCCGUCACCGGCCGCUACGCACUCCCACCAGGCAUCAUAACCCUCGACCAAGUCAAACCAAUUCUCCAACAUGCCGUGGCACAGGUCAUUGCAGAGCAACCCUUCAUGCAGGUCGGCAUCGCCGACGAAGACAAACAAACAGCCUCGUUCGUGCGCGUGCCACAAAUCAACUUGUCAAACCAUAUUCAGUGGUUCGGUCCGUCCCACCCCGGCCCCGGCUUCGGCACCGACUCCAGCGCCGGUGGACCGGCACCGGACGCAGUCCUCUGCAAACACCUCUCCCACCAACACGACCAGCUCUGGCCAGAGAUAACCCAACGUCCACCCUGGAAAGUCUCCAUCAUCCCACUCCAAACCUCCCAAGACCACCUAACACAUCUCGAAGUAAUCUACACCUUCCACCACGCAAUAAGCGACGGCACAAGCGGCUCCAUCUUCCACAAACGUCUCCUCCACGCCCUCACAAACCCCCUCACCACCACACCAAAUCUCCAAAACAACAUCCUCAGCCUCUCAACCCCACCAACCCUCCCCCUCCCACAGGAACACCUCGUCAACAGCCACAUCUCCUGGCCCUACUUCCUCCGCGAACUAUGGUCCGCCUUCGGCCCAGCCUGGCUCAAGCCAACACCAGAAUCCCCUCCCUGGACAGGCAAACCCAUCAACCUCGCCACGCCCUUCCACACAAACAUCCGCAUCAUCACCCUCCCACCCUCAACAGUCAGCGGCCUCCUCUCCGCCUCCCGCGCCCAGAAUCAAACUCUAACGCCCCUCCUCCACGCGCUGGUCACAGCCUCCCUCGCGCACCACAUCCCCCCUUCCUCCGCGCCCUCCUUUGAACCCUCCACCGCCAUCAGCAUGCGCCGCUUCGUCCGCGACAAAACCCUCGACAUUGACAACAAAAUGUCCGUCCUCGUCACGUCAACGAAUCACCCCAUCUCCACGACCCUCACCACCGCACUCCGCGAGUCUUCUUCUUCCUCUCCCUCCUCCACGAGCUCAACCCUCGAAAGCGCAAUCUGGGCCGUCGCAUCCUCCGUUAAAAAGGACCUCCAAACGAGGCUGGCGAGCUUACCCCACGACGACAUCACAGCUAUGCUGCGGUACGUCGGCGAUUUUCACGAUUUCUUCAGGAAGAAGGAUGGGAAGGCGAGAGGGAAUAGUUGGGAGGUGAGUAACCUGGGCGCCAUCAACGGCAACAGCACCAGCGAGGGCGAGGACGGCAAGGGUGAAGCGGGCUGGAAACUUACCCGCGCCGUAUUCUCCCAAUCCGCAGGCACAGUCGCCCAAGCCUUCUGCGUCAACGUAGCCGGCAUCGCGGGCGGAGAGACGACGAUUACGGUGACCUGGAACGAGGCUAUUACCGAGACGGAGGUCGUGGAGGUGCUGGUUGUUGAUCUCGAAGUGUGGGCGCGGAAGCUUGCCAAUGGCGAGAGUUUGUAAGGGGGGUGACGGGUGAAAUUGAUGAGGGUACGACGUACAGAUGCGGUAUUCUUCUACAGAGAUAUC